AUGGCCGAAGUGAAAUUGGUCAUCAAGGCUGUCGAAAUGCCCAACGAUAUGCAGAACGAGGUCUUUGAAGUCACCCAAACCGCUCUCCAGAGGUGUUCCUUGGAGAAGGACAUCGCCGGCUACAUUAAGAAGGCGUUUGACAGUAAAUACGGCAAGAACUGGCAGUGCAUUACGGGGAAACACUUCGGAAGGUAGGUUGGUAGAGUUGAAAUCCUAACUGUCCAUACAAGCGAAGAUUCGAGUUUCAGGAACUGGUUAAUAAGAAGGAGAAUAAGAACUUUAUUCACUUGACGUUUCGAAUUCACUAUCGAAACUACCUUCAGAGAUAAUGAUAGAUAGGGAGGCUUUGGGCACGGGAAGUUGCAGUAUUUAUACGACGCAGUCGCUAUGCUACUGCAUUCCUAUGAUAAUCGACCGCUUUUCCAAUCAUCGAGGAGUAUGGCCGAUGGUCACCAGCAUGCAAGUAUUUAAUUGGUAAACUUUCCUCACCCGUAUUGGAUGCAGGCGUGCUGAUUGCUCAGCCAUCUGGCUCACCGGCCUACGCGCUCUCCGAGUGGCCAAUUUUAGUAGAUGAGCUAACUCAUGAAUUGCUAGCCAAAAUUCUGAAAUGCGUUUUCAACUCGAAAAUAUUACUUAAGUAGUGCUGUAAUUUUAAUCACCGUGCAGCAUAAUCCCAUGAUAAUCCAAUUACUUCGGGAUGCCAGCGUUUGGACGAACUUCUUGAUGACAGCCUGCAAAAACUACACUCUGUAAAAAUGACUACUAAGUUAGCAUAAACUUUUCUUAUUGAUUUUUGAUACCUUUAUAAAUUAAAAUAUAGACAACAGAAAGCAUGCGCAAAAAAAUCCAGCAUUUCAGUCAUUUGGCAGACAAUUACGUCUUCUCCAAAUUGUAUACUUAAAGAAGGGGUAGAACUCGGUUUUAAAGGCUUUUUCUAAUUCAAAAGUAAUUUUAAACCAGAUCUGUUGUUAAAUUUGUAUUCAGGGUUUCCAAAUUACAAGUUGUAUAUUUUCCGUGCACAAAAAACCAUGCAUUUCCAUUUUUCUACGGCAUUAUGAGUAGACCAUACGAAGUUCACAAAAUUUGGCAGUAGAUUUGACCCACAUUGUAAAUUUCACAAGCAACACUAAGUAAUGCAAAGACACGAGGUUUUAUGACCUGGCAUCUCGCGAGCUUUAUAAGAAACUCUUAAAACCCGAAUCUUACCCUUUAAUCAAGUAUAGAAUUAAAAAGGGACGUAAUUUUCUACCAAAUGAACAAAAGGAUGAAUAUUUAUAUGUAUAUUUUCCAUCACAUAUAUUUAAAUAUAAAAGGAUAUCGAAAUCAAUGAGAAAAAUUCAUGCAAAUUUAAUAGCCUUUCUAACAGAGCGUAGUUUUUGCAGGCAGCCAUGAAGAAGUUUGUUCAAACGCCGGCAUCCUGAAUUAACUGAAUUAUAGUGGGAUUAUGCUGCAGAGUGAUUGUAUGACAAUUCUUCUCAAGUAACCUUUCCGAGUCGAAAAAGCAUUUCGGGAUUUCGGCUAGCAAUUCAUGAGUUAGCACACCUAAUGUACUUUGGCCAAACUUUAUCUCAGCCCUGAAUAUGGGGUGGGAAGGUCAUUACACUUGUUAAUAGGCUGGAGUCCCGCGAAGCAUGACUCGAGCAACUCUCUGCUCACGCAAUUACCAACUUUCGGAAGAAUUCCAGUUUCAUCGAACUUGAAUGUGUGGCGGGGUAUUGUCGAACACGAGUGAUGAAAUUACAACAAUUAACAACUUGUAUGCCGUCCAUCAAGCAAUUAGCACACCAGCAGGCAAUAAUUUUUAAUGAAGGGGAGAGCGGCUAAUUACCAUAUGUAUGCAGUGGCGUAGCGACUACACCCUAUAAUGCUACAAUUUCCCGUGCACGAAUCAUCCGUAUCCGCCUCUGUCUCUGAUGAUGGGCUCGAGUGUGACUCCGAAACCUCAUACAAAUAAAGCUCUUGAAAUCUAACUGCCUCCUGUGGAUGGCGGGAGGGACAUUUUUUGCCACUUUACUUUUCAUAGUCAUCCUUUAUCCCUAAAGCUGGUCAAACAGUAAUAGGAGACUACAAAUGUGCCUUCAAAUGGAAAAAGGAGUCAUGUAAUUCCAACUUCAUUUCCAAACAGAAGGAUGCCGACUUUUGGCUAGGCGUUUUGGCCUAACUUUACACUAAUUUACAUUAGGGACUGUGUAUUUUAAUAAUUGUAUUCAAAUACUUUCUGAGUCAUAUCACACUUCCUAGAAUGAGUAUGUGUGCAAAUUUAGUAAAUUUUAUCCCUUUAUUAGGGAAUUAAGACUAGCAAGACCUUAAAAUUACGACGGGACUGUUUGUAAAGGUUAGUCGCGGCACGGCCAUUGAUACUACCUUCAAAGUAGUAUGCGUCGCGAUGCUUUUAAGUUCAAAGCAUAACAGUCAGAAGGCCUCUUUAUCGUGGCAUGAAGGGCUAAGGGAUUUUGCAAGUAGUCCAAAAAUCUUGCGAUUAAGGGGAAUGUCAGUUACGUUUCAAAGCACAAAGGUGUCAGUGGAUGUUCUCGAAACCUUGUCAGACACACACACGCUGAAGACGAUAACUACUGUGUAGUGGCCGUGGGGAAUAGUUCCUGAGAGUUUGAAUUCCAGAAAAUGCGAUAGCUGACCUACAGACGACAAAAUUUCGCCAAAAUUGCACACUUUACGCAAUUAGUAGCUGCAUUUUGAGUUUAGUUUGGACGGACUGGCUGACGGAUGGAUGGAACGCCAAAUUGCCUUAGGCGAGCGCAGAUUCGACCUCAUUUCAGCGACAGUUGCAAUGAAAGGCACGCCUGAAGUGAGCACUAAAUGUUUUAUGGGUUGUUUUGUGUGCAGUUAUUAUUGGGGAAAACUACACUUCCACAGUUCAUCAGGACACGGUUCCUUGGGGUGCCGGGCGCGUACCCCUACCUAGCAAUCAAACUGCACGUUACGGCCGCAAGGAAAUGCGUCAUUUCGCAAAUAUUCCCAUGUUAAACUCGAAAAGUCAAACUGGCAUACACGUGUUUUCGAUAAUUCUUCGUCGUGCCAAUACAGUUACAUGAAGGAGCAAAUAUUCCCAUGUUACACUUGAAAAGUCAAAAUGGCAAACACGUGUUUUUGGUAAUUCUUCGUCGGGCCAAUACAGUUACAUGAAGGAAUGAAAAUGUACAAAAUUAACAGUGCUUAUAGGUGUCUUGAGGGCUAUUAAGUCAUUGACACUCAUCUUCCCCACGCCGCCCGCAUGACGAGGUCGGCGGGUGUUAGUCGUCAGAGCUAGGGGAGGGGGUUAGAGAGUUUUUGAGUGACAUUCUUGGAUUGAGUACACGGAGAACCCAUCACUGUAAUUAGGGAUUUGAAGCGGCAUGCCGUCAUCACUUGAGGUUGGCGUUGGCCACGGCAGAGAGAGGGCUUAUUCCAGGGUUGUCUGACAGCAUAACACCGGAUUCGCUGGCCGCAUAGCCACUGCCCCGGCCGUUGAUAGUAUCCGUUGGCGGAAGCCUUUAGAAAAGCUUGUUGAUGUCCGAUAGACAACCUGAAAUGCCGAAGUUCCAUCCAGCAACGAAUGCGGGGUGGGAGGUAGUACUAUUCUUUCAAUGAUAAAUGGUAAGUUAAUAUAUGAUUUGGUAAAUUUUGAGUAAUUCAUACUGGCCCAGUUGCGAAAAACGCGGCGCCUUAUGUGAAUUCGAACUCAUGACAGCAAGGGGGAGGUUCAAAUACAGCCAACGCUCUAGUCGCCUGUGCUACGAGGCCCCAUCGGAAAAGUGAGUCUGAUCAUAUUUAGGUUUAAUCAUCCGCCCAGUCUACUGCAACGUCUGGAAUACACCAAAUAUCAUUCAGUAAGCUUACUGCCCAAGCAGGAUUUCCUGAGUAAUUUAUCUAGAAUCCACCAAAUGACCACCAGGCUCAAAUAAUUAAUACAUGUUUUGGCUGAUUUUGAAUAAUUCAUACUGGCCCAGUUGUGAAAAACUCGGCACCUUGGUGGGGCCUCCUAGUUCGGGUUGCUGGGUCGUUGGCUGUACUAAAGCCUUUCCCUUACUGUUGUGGGUUCGAAUCCCGCCGAAGCGCUGAGUUUUCACAGUGGGGUCAAUCCGAAUAACUCAAAAUCUGCCACCCAUACGGAGCUUAUUUGCUUCGGGAAGCCAAUAGAUCGGUUGGUGCCCAUUCCUGAGAGCAUAAAAACCCGAUCUGCAGCGACAGAGAAUGGCAGGUGGCGAGGCACUGAUGAACUUCGGUUCGAUGAAGGGCUUAUGACCCAUCUGGUAGACCCCAGUGGUGGACCAACUGUGUCUGGUGCGUCUGUGCGCAUGUUUGUGUUUCUGGUCUCAGCUGCUGGUGGUCAGGGUUAUGAUUGGCUGAAUAAAGGCAAAAUAAGCCUGAAGCGGUACUGUCUCAGUCAACGCCUAUUCUUUGUCAUCCUUCCUCUCUGUUACAUGCGGAGAUGUAUACAUUCGAUCGCAACCGACAGAAAAACGAGCCCGUGAUCAUAUCGCUAUAUAUGGAGCAAGACCAUCUGAGCUAGCCGGAAAAUUGUUUAUUAUAUCAUUCACAGCUGUAUGACACUGAGCUUUCCUACCCGGCUCAUGAACCUGUCAGGCAUUCCGUUCGAAUCAUAGAGGUACUGGUAUGGUCUGUGAUCUGCAGAUUCUGGUUUAGGACCUACCGUCUGUGCGUCUGAGAUUACAAAGUCUAACCGGAUACGGCACAUGUGUUUGAACGACCUGCGUUGGAGGUCUUAGCGUAUAUUGUCCCCACCCCCUUACUGUGAUCGGCCACCUAGUGGUCUCCCUCCAAUCGUUUUUCGUUUGUUUCAGCUUCAAAUCUCCUUAAAGUAGAAAACGCGAUCGCUGGGACAAAAGCUUUAUUCUCCUGACGUCUCGGAAUCCUGCUCUAACACAUCAUCAGAGACAAAAGCAAAUACAGGGGGUUCAUACAGGAGGCGCUGCGGUAUUCAUAAGAUGCUGUCGCCAUGCCACCGACAACCUAUGAAUAUUCAUCAGGGAUCGUUGCAUUUGGUGUGAUGACUGCUUAAUGGCCGAUAUUCGCAUCGUUAAUUGAUGCAAUUUCACCUCGUAUUUUCGAUGUUGGUGCAACGAUUGUUCGACCAUCUGACCCAACGGUCAUGUGCGCUCCCCUGGUGGCAACUUACUCCGCCUAGGCUAAGUCUUAGCAGCGAAUAUGGAGGCGGAAGGUCUUUGCGCUCGUUAAUUGACUGGGGGCCAGUGAAGCAUGACACAAACAGCUGGUGGCUCACGCGGUUUUCACCUUCUGUGCGAGAAUUCGGCCUCCUCGAAUUUGAAUGUGUGGCCGGAUCUCGUCGAAUGAGCUGCAACUUGAGAACUGGCGUCAUUUCUCCGCACCGCUGCAGCGUGUUCGGCCAUUUGCGUUCGAAGCUGUCUUCCGGUUUCUCAGACAUAGUUGCUUUGUCCACAACUGCACCGGAUUCGAUAAACGACUACAUACGUUUCUCGCCAUGGCAGUGAGUCUUUCGGUUUCAGUACCUGAUGCGUGAUGGUUGCCUUUGGUAUGUGUGCACCUCCAACCCCUGGCGGCAACAGCUGCUAUGCGAAUUGGGCAGUUAUUCUAUGCUUAUUUGUCAGAGUUUUACAACAGUCUUCAGAGUUUUUUGUAUAUUGUCCGCUUGGUCUUCCUUGAACUGCAUUUAUUUUUAUAACAACUCGUGGACACGAAUAGAAGGGAUAAUUAGCUGAACUCUGAAACGGCACUGCUUAGUUUAGUGGCCGUCCGAAGAUGGGGCUAAAUUCAAAAAUUCCCAUUAUUUUUUCAAAUGGCGGCUGUUCCUUAAAUAGCAGUCUAUGACAGCUUCUCAAAUGUGGACAGGUUGUUAACAGCAUUCGCCUGCGAGACCGUUUUUUGCUAUCUACGCGAAUCCUCCCUCUCAAUGCCUUCAAUUCAUCGUUCUUUUCAGCUUCGUCACCCACGAGAAAGAUCGUUUCAUCUACUUCUACAUCGGAAAUAGCGCUUUCCUUCUCUUUAAGACUGCCUAG